UUCAACAAGCACACUGUGAGGCGUGAUAAGCGAGGCGCGUUCACGUGGGUGCCACUGGCUACAACACUGACAGCAUCACCAAAACACCGGCUUCCUCCGUCCACACUCGACCUAACAACAGCCAAUUUAGAGGUUUAUCUGAACGCAGAAACAGGAGUGGAGAGCAGAGCCUCCGCGACAGAAACUAAUCCCUCCUUGCAGGCAGACGCAGGACUUGUAGUACUAGUGGCUGCAGUAGCUGAGCGGUGGAUCUAUUUGUUUUUGUGGUUUCGCGUCGGUGCUCCACGCACACGCCGUGUCUUUGAAGUGGAAGUGGGGAGAGGAAGAGCAUCUCAGUGGCGGCUGUCAAGAGAGGAGGAGGACAAUGGAGGGGAUGCAGGCAUACGGAGCCGGGAAAGCCGGCGGAGGAGCCUUCGACCCUGUCACCUUCCUCCAGCAGCCACAGACCAUUCUCCGCAUAGUGUCUUGGCUCUUCUCCAUCGUGAUUUUCGGCUGCAUCGCUAAUGAAGGCUACAUCAACCGGCAAAAUGAAAUGGAACAGUACUGCAUCUUCAACCGCAACCAGAAUGCCUGUAAUUACGGUGUCUUUAUGGGCUCCAUGGCCUUCCUCUGCUGUAUUGCCUUUUUGGCUCUGGACAUCUACUUCCCUCAGAUCAGCAGUGUCAAAGACCGCAAAAAGGCUGUACUGGCUGAUAUUGGAGUGUCAGCAUUCUGGUCCUUCAUGUGGUUUGUGGGUUUCUGCUUCUUGGCCAACCAGUGGCAGGUCUCCAAGGAGGAAGACAAUCCCCUCAGGGAAGGAGGGGAUGCAGCUCGGGCAGCCAUAACCUUUUCCUUCUUCUCCAUCUUCACAUGGGCGGCGCAGUCCUUCUUGGCCUUCCAGAGAUACAAGCUCGGGGCCGACUCAGCGCUCUUCUCGCAGGAAUACACCGACCCAAGCCUGGAUGCGGGUGGAGCGCCUUACACAAGCUUUGGGGGCGAAAACAUGGAGAGUCCGAAUGGGGAAGGAGGCCAAGCCAACAGCGAUGGGGCUUUUGAUGGUACUGGGGGCUACCAGCGUCAAGACUACUGAGAUGUCGGAGGGCUCAGAUUUAUGUAGGGAAUAACAAAAUUGUCCAAAAUAAAGUCUAACUAGAAAUAGUAUUGUUUUGUUUCCAUUAAAAUUGUACGGAAGCCACAAACUGACAACAUUGCUUUUUUUUUUUGCCCGUUUUUUCAUAAUAACGAAGUAGUGGAUGUCGUUUCUCGUAAUAACCACAUCGACUAUCUCUAUAUCAUGAUAAAUCACGUUUUUUUCUUGUGAUGAAGAGAACUUGAGCUAGUAUUUCUUGUUAGCAGCAGAACACUUAAAAUGAAGCCAUUGAUCAUCGUAUAUCCGCUUGUAGACAUGCAAAAGGAAAACAUAAGCAGUCGCCUGGGCAAGUGUAGCCGUGCCAACCUUUUUCUCAAAUGACGAUUUGGACGUCGUUUCUAACCGACAACAUCAGCACAAUCUACGCCUUAGUUACAACACAAUUAGAGUAAUCAAUUAUAAAUUGAUCAGUUCUUCUGGUGUUCAAUGAUCUCCCUGAAAAAUUGCUUUGUUUUGCUGCGGAUCGUCCAGAAAUGGAAAAAAGUAUUUUCUUCGUUAUCUCAUUACCAUGAUGUUACAAAAUUUGUUAUCUUGUGAUGACAUCUACUACUUCAUAAUUUUUUUAUGAUAAUGUGAUAAUAGAGAUUGUUGUCACGAAAAAACGGGCGAAAAAAAAAAGAAAAAGCAAGGUAGGCCAUUUGCAACUUCCGUAAAUUUGCUCUGAAUCAGACUGUGGUAGCUAUUUGCUUCACUUGUGCUGCUAGCAAUUCUGCUUGGACCCAGGACAGACAGAACAGCUCCAGAUCUGGCCUUAAUGCUGUUAGCAGUAAGAGCCGGUACUGUGUAUGUCAUGAAGCUACGUGUGUUUAAAAUGACCAGAUUAGAGUUUACAACCAUCACAAAUGUUGCAGCUGAUGUUCAAAUUAAGGUUUUUGGUGGAGUCCUAGUAGUUUUUGAGCAUUAAAAUUUUACCUUGCGCAGAUUUUGGAGGCACAACUUGUCCCAAAAAUGAAAAUAAUAAAGGUUCAGAUCAUUCUUGUGGAGAGUUGCUUGACUUAAAGCCCCACUCCGAUCAUCUUUUGAUCAAUUAUAAAAGUGUUCCCAGUGGUCUUUUAAUUAUAAUUAUGCUGUUUUUAACCAAAAUCUAAAAACCUGUGUUGUUUUCUUGGACAAAGUUUCUGCAGAGCGGAUGGAGUUAGGAAGGAAUUUGCCUAUGAGUUGUAGGCAGGACCAUUGGCGUGGAGUAAGCCCGCUCCCUUCCCAUCAUCCAUCUGUUAACACGUUCUCCCUCUAGCUAACAGCCCGUCACACCCCCGACCUAACAUUAGCGGUCCAACAAAAAUGGUGAACAAUACCAAAGCUGUCCAGCCGUACAGUUUUGAGCCAGACACCAGCUCUCACAAGGAAAAUGAACAAGCACGAAGCUUAUGGCCAUAAAUCUUUUACGUGUUCUACAAGCUUUUCAAAUGGCAUUUUUUCAUCUUUUCUUGAUUCACGACGAUUUGAAAAGAUUCAAAGAUUUGAAAGAAAUACUCAGAAAUGCAAUUUUAAUCAUAAUUGUCUUUAAACAUGUCCUCCAGCAUCAGAAAAACACUACAAGAACAUGUUAAAAACACUAUAUACAGGAUUUUCAUCGGAGUGGGUUUUUAAGAUGUUGCAUUGUGGCUAGAAAUGAUAAUUAUUAGUAGAUAUUCUGGAAGGCAGCAUAGUUUAAUAGCAAAAACUUUCAAAGCAAGGCACAUAUUCGCAGCACUUUGAAGGUGAUUGUUGUCUGUGAAGAGAAAACCUCUCAGUGCUGUAUUACAAAGACCGACAUGCAUACGUAACAGUAACCACCCCAAAAAUAGAGAGAAAGAAGACUGCUUGUGUUUCCUUUAUUCUUUUGUGAGGGUGUUUUUUUAAAUCUUUUUCUGCAAAUCUUUUUCUUAGUUGUUGCCUUAGUGCUGACUGCCAAGUCAAAUCCAACAAACACUGGAUGCCACAUGACCCCCACAAAUAGCACACUCAUCUUUUACCAUUUAAAGACUUGAUUUUUUUCUUUAAAAAAACUUGUUCUGCAUUAAUAAAUCCAACCUUAUACAGUAUCAGUAGACCGAAAAGGUCCUGCAGGGAAUUUAAAAAAAAAAAAAUUUUUAUCUCUGUUUGCAAAUCUGCAUUUAAGGUCCACAAUCAACACCCCAAGUAUUUCUAAACAUGCAUUACGCCGCUUUCUGAAAGAAUAUUGUAUUAGUAAAUCUAUAAAUUAAUGUUAAUCUAUAAUUAAGCCUAAUAUAGUGUUUGACGGGAAGAAUCAGCAUUCUUUUAGAGCAGUAUGCUUGUUCUGUAUUUAAAAAAAGAAGAGCUCUAUGGUCUGUUGUUACUGUGGUAAGAUAUACGAUGAGGUAGUCUAAGCCUCAUCCUUUAUUUUGCUUUCAGGGUAGGGAAAUCUUUUUAUUUUGGAUAACAAUACUAACUGCUAAAAGAGAAAAAAAAAUUACCAAAGUAUAUAAACAAGUAUAUACUUUAUAUUUUACAUCUGUGUAGUUGAAAAUGUGUGAUGUUCCUCUGUGAAAUCUGUUUAGAAAUACAAUGACUGAAAAAAAAGA